AAAAAAAAAAAUUUCGUGAAAGAAACAAGUCAUUUCUUCAACUACACACAAGCUGCCCUUCCCUGACCCUUCUCUGACAAAACUCUGCCCCCCACAGCUACCUCUCCUCCCCCAUAGACAAAUCUCAAAUCCCCUUCUUCUUCUGAUCCUUCCUUCCUUCUUCUCUGAAUCGAUCCAGAAUGGGAAUUUCAUGGAGCAACAGCAGAAGAAGGCACAACCACCAAACUUACUACCAACAUCACCCACACCACCUCCCGCCGCCGCCGCCUCAAUACUUCCCCGCCGCAGAACCACCUCCUCCACCGCCCCAUCAAGGCUAUUACUCCACCCCCUCCUCUUCAGCCGCCACCACGACCACCACAGCGGCAGCUUCGGCGACCACGCCACAACCCUCUUACGCGCCAUCACCAGCUCCGCCUCCUCACCCACCGCCAGCGCCGCCGAUUCAGUCCUACUACGCAUCCCACCCUUACAAUUCGUGCGGAUAUUCGAAUCACAUGGUGGGUAGGUACAAUCCUCAGCCCUACUAUUACGGCAAUUCAGCUGGCGGGUGGCCGCAGCAGCCUUAUGCGGCGAGACCUAGUGUGGGUCCUCCGCAGCCGAUUCAGCCGGUGCCGUACGUUGAGCAUCAGAAUGCUAAGAAGGUCAGGAAUGAGGUUAAUGUUCAUAAGGAGACUUUGAGGCUUGAAUUGGAUGAACAGAACCCGGAUCAUCACUUGGUUUCUUUCGUUUUUGAUGCGCUUGUUGAUGGAAGCAUUACCAUUUCCUACUUUGCUAAAGAAGAGACCAACUGUAAGUUUGUUCCAGCAUAUCCCGACACUCAUCUCCCGGUCCGGGUCCCAUUUCAGAAAGGUGUUGCACAGAAGUUUUGCCAACCAUCAGGGACAGGGAUCGACUUGGGUUUCUUUGAGCUGGAUGAUCUCUUAAAACCUUCGGUUGAAGAAGAUGUUUUUCCACUUGUUAUAGUCGCUGAAACAUCCCCACCACUUAAUUCAACAACCGAUCAAAGCCACCUUUGUGGUUCUGUACUGGGAUCGGGCAAUAUGCAGAUCACUCAAGCUGUUCUAGAGAAGAAGAAAGAUGAUGAACUUUUCCAUGUCAAAGUAAUAAGGCAGAUAUUGUGGAUUGAGGGAGUUCGAUAUGAGCUUCGUGAGAUUUAUGGCUUGGCUAGUGGUUCCGAAGCUGAAGAUUUCAAUGACAGCGAACCCGGGAAAGAAUGUGUGAUUUGCAUGACCGAACCCAAGGAUACUGCCGUCUUGCCAUGUCGACAUAUGUGUAUGUGCAGCGAGUGUGCAAAGGAAUUGAGGAUGCAAACGAACAAGUGCCCCAUAUGCCGCCAACCGAUUGAAGAACUUAUGGAGAUCAAGAUAAGGAGCGGCGGGGAUCAAUAGAAAUUUUGGUGUGCUUCUCUAUCAGUACAAAUUGAUCUAACAUAUCUUUCCUACUGUAUAUUCAGAGUGCGUCCAUCACAUCUUUUGAAUUUGCAUGAGUUGUACAAAUAAGUAUAGAAGACGCCUUAGAACCAAACCGUAUCAGGGGCAAAUCGUAUUCUCAAGAUCUCAGGUUGAGAUGAUGGAUGAUGGGAUGAAGUAUCAGGCUUACCUUGUGCUUUUCCCUUUAUUCUACCUUUCUCCUUUUGGGUUUCCUAUUGUGUUCAGGGUGCUGUUUUGGUAUAUCUAUGUUCCAUUCUUAUGACUAGAAAUCCUAUGAUGUCAAAAGAAAUUCUGUGUGAUGUUUGAGUGAAUAUCUGAGCAUGCAGAUUCAGAAGCAAGAAAAAGAAAGGUGGUGUAGCAUUGGAAGCAACUAGGUCUACAGACAUAGCUUCUUCUUUUCCCUUUGAGAAAACAUCCAAAAGGAGCUACUUGGAUGGAAUAUUUCCUAUCCAAGUUUAGCAUUGAAGGAGACAAAACCUGGGAAUCUUCAAUAUUUGUGUGCAACUUGCUUUCUUUUAGCCUUCCAACUAUAUAUACCAAAGUUGUGUGCAAAUGAUACUCAUUUGGAUGCUUGUAUCUGAAGCAUGUUCAAUGGCUUAUCUGCUUUA